UUGUAAGCAUUCCAGCACUUUACAUUAACGAUUCAUUUUGAUUAUUUCAUUUUAUUAUUUGAGAAAGACAAAAAAACCAACCAGUUAGUCUCCUUUAUGCCAAUUAAAUUCAUCAUGUCCACCGCAACUCCACUACUCACACCACGCCACGUGGCAGUAAUCGGUGCCGGCGCCGGAGGUUUAGUUGCAGCGCGCGAGCUCCGUCGAGAAGGACAUCAGGUAGUAGUUUUCGAGCGAGGAGACCAAGUAGGUGGAUCAUGGGUUUACACACCAGAAGUAGAAUCCGACCCACUUGGUUUGGACCCGAAGCGGAGGUUAGUUCAUUCGAGCCUAUACAAUUCACUCCGAACCAAUCUGCCUCGGGAGAAUAUGGGUUUCCGAGAUUACCCUUUUAGAAGAAAAGAAGAGAAAGGAAGAGAUUCUAGAAGGUUCCCGAGUCAUAGAGAAGUUUUGAUGUAUUUGCAGGAUUUUGCUGCGGAUUUUGAGAUUGGUGAUUUGGUGAGGCUUGAGACGGAGGUUGUGUUUGCUGGAUUGGAUGAAGAUGGAAAAUGGACGGUGAGAUCUAGAUCAGUUGAUAGUGAUUGUGUGGAUGAGAUUUAUGAUGCUGUUGUUGUUUGCAAUGGACAUUACUUUCAACCUCGACUUCCUCAUAUUCCUGGCAUUAAUGCAUGGCCAGGGAAGCAAAUGCAUAGCCAUAAUUACAGGACACCUGAGCCCUUUCAAGAUCAAGUUGUAGUUCUAAUAGGUGGUGCUGCCAGUGCGGUCGAUAUCUCUCGAGAUGUGGCAACCGUUGCUAAAGAAGUUCAUAUUGCAGCUAGAUCUGUUGAAGAUGAUAAGCUUGGAAAGUUACCUGGCCACGUUAACAUGUGGCUUCAUUCUAUGAUUGAACGUGUUCAUGAAGAUGGUACAGUGGUUUUCCUAGAUGGAAAUGCAGUAGUUGCUGACUUCAUUGUACAUUGCACAGGGUACAAGUUUGAUUUUCCUUUCCUUGAAACCAACGGUGUAGUGACCGUAGAUGACAAUCGUGUAGGACCACUCUACAAGCAUGUUUUCCCACCGACAUUAGCACCAUGGCUUUCAUUUGUUGGGUUGCCUUGGAAGGUUGCUCCCUUCCCAUUGUUUGAACUGCAGAGCAAAUGGAUAGCUGGAGUUUUGUCUAAUCGAAUUGCGCUUCCUUCUGCAGAGGAGAUGGCCGAAGAUAUUGAAGCUUUUUACUCGUCACUUGAAGCAUCUGGCAUUCCGAAGUAUCACACUCAUAAUAUGAGCACAGGCCUUACUCAGUGGGACUACAAUAAUUGGCUUGCGGAUCAGUGUGGUGUUCCUGCUAUGGAAGAGUGGAGAAGGCAAAUGUAUAUGGCUACAUCUAAGAAUAGGCUCUUGCGACCUGAGACUUAUCGCGAUGAGUGGGACGAUGAUGAACUGGUUCUACAAGCUGAGCAUGAAUUUGAUAAUUAUAAGUUCUAAUGUUGUAUUGUUUUGAGAUUUACCAAGCACAAGCUAUUAACGCGCUCUGCUCCGGUGUUAUUCUUAACAAUCAAAAGUCAGCUUUACCGUGCAGUUUUGAAAAGAAAAUUUUAUACCUAAAAAUAAGGAUGUAAUUAUAUAUGUUUGGAAUACUUUCAAUAAUUAUUCAUCAAGUAAUGAAGAUGUGAUAAACUGA